AUGGCUACCUUCACUCGUCUUAUCCGCUUCCUGGCCAAAGAUGGCCAAGUCUACUACGGCGAUGCUCUUCUCCCAUCCGGAGUGAGCGAUAUCGCCAAGACCACCAAAGCCAAGAUCAUUCAAGGCGACAUCUUCGGCCAGCACCGGGUCACCGACAAAGUCGCAGAUGUUCGAAUGCUCCUCUCGCCCCUAGCCCGCAAGGACAUCGGCACAGUCCGCUGCCUGGGUCUGAACUAUGAGCAGCAUGCCAAGGAGUCCAACAUGCCCAUUCCCAAGUAUCCGAUUUUGUUCUACAAGCCCAUCACCUCCAUUGCUGGGCCUACAGAUGACAUCCCUGUGCCCAAGAUCGCACAGGAGUUCGAAGGGCUGGAUUACGAGUGUGAGCUUGUCGCCAUUAUCGGGAAGGAGGCGAGUAACGUUCCCGAGAGUAAGGCUCUGGAUUAUGUCCUGGGCUAUGCUGUUGGUAACGAUGUCUCCCACCGGGAUUGGCAGAUCAAGUUGGGUGGUGGGCAGUGGAGCUUGGGUAAGGGUUUCGAUGGUUGGGCGCCUUUCGGUCCUGGCAUUGUUUCGCCCAAAGUGAUUGCGGAUCCUAAUGCUUUGAAUAUCUCGACCAAGUUGAAUGGGAAGACGGUUCAGGCUUCUUCUACGAAGGAUAUGAUCUUUGGUGUGGCUAAGACUAUCGCCUUCCUUUCUCAGGGCACUACGCUGUUGCCCGGAGAUAUGAUCUUCACUGGGACACCCCAGGGUGUGGGCAUGGGCCGCAAGCCUGCUUUGUGGCUGAAGGAUGGCGAUGAGGUCGAGGUUGCGCUUGAAGGCGUCGGGUCCUGUGUUAACAGGGUCGUCUUCGAGAAGCCUGCCUCCAAGCUGUAG